AUGCUUGGCCUCGGCGCCGACGAGCAGAUCAGCGAAGAUGAAGCGCGAAAACGACGGGAACAACUUAAUAGACGGCCAUCAUAUCGGAUGAUCCUCAAGGACCUCGAGACGGCCGACAAGAAUUUGAAAAAAGAGCCUGAAGACACGCCACCCGCGUCCAACGAGCCACCCCCACAGCUUCAAUUGCAUGUCCAGAUACCCUCGGCAGCCCGAUUGCCGGGUCCAUCGGCUUCUCCAUACGGAUCGCCACUUGGGUCAUCACUUCUACCUCCUCCAGCAACCACAGCUCUUUCGCAUCCGCUCGGGUUUCCGCUGAACGGGGACCUGCAGCAACCCAUUCAUCUUGGGGACUACAAUUCGGCAGCUAUCGCCGCGGCCGUGGUUGCCGCGUCGCAAAACCGCCAACUGACGCCGACGUCGUCUCAGCACGAGUUGCCCUCGCAGGGUACUCCAUCGGGCAGCACAGGCCUGCUGCUGCCCGGUGCCGAGCUGCACGGCCUAAAGCCUCCCUCGAUGGGGGAGAUCCCGACAAACCCCUUUGCCAAUCAUGUCGGCGGUCAAAUUGUCGACUGGCAGCAACAGCUGCUCUCCGGCUACAACUCCUCCCCAUCCCCAUCUGGGAUGGGACGUGGGCUCGGUGGAUGCGAAGAUGAAUCAACGCGAAAGCGACAGGUACGUCUUCUAAAGAACCGCGAAGCGGCCAAGGAAUGCCGGCGAAAGAAGAAGGAGUAUGUGAAAUGCCUCGAAAACCGGGUGGCCGUCCUCGAAAAUCAGAACAAAGCCCUGAUCGAGGAAUUGAAGACCCUGAAAGAGCUCUAUUGUCGAAAGGAAAAACAAGAAAGCCUA